AGUUUGUACCAAGCAGACGUUUAUUGUGGGAUAAAAUGGCGUCUCCAAAAACUGUACCGAAAGAUGCCCAGGUUAUGGUGCAGAUCCUGAAAGACAUGGGCAUUACUGAGUAUGAACCGAGAGUGAUCAAUCAGAUGCUGGAGUUCACCUACAGGUACGUAACAACUAUAAUCGAAGAUGCCAAAAUCUAUGCAACCCAUGCCAAGAAGUCCAAUGUGGAUGCUGAUGAUAUCAGAUUAGCAAUCCAGUGUAGGAUGGAUCAAUCAUUCACGUCCCCACCACCUCGAGAUUUCCUGUUGGAGGUUGCCAGACAGAAGAACCAGACACCACUGCCAUUAAUAAAGCCCUACACUGGACCUCGCCUCCCACCUGACCGCUAUUGCUUAACUGCACCUAACUACAGAUUGAAGUCCCUGCAGAAAAAGGUAUCCUCAUCUGCUGGAAGAAUAACGGUGCCGCGUCUGAGUGUGGGGGCUGUGUCCAGUCGGCCAAGCACCCCUACGCUUGGCACACCCUCGGUGCAGACAGUCACCCCCAAAGUGGGGACGCCUGUGUCACUGACCGGGCAACGCUUCACCGUUCAGAUCCCAUCCUCACAGGCGUCCUCAGCCAAAUCAGCCACACCAUCUACCCCAACAGUUCAAAAUGUUCUCAUCAACCCCUCUCUGAUUGGCUCCAAGAACAUUCUCAUCACAACCAACAUGGUGUCCCAGAAUUCAGCUGGUGACUCUAGCUCACUGAAGAGGAAGCAUGAGGAGGAUGACGACUAUGAUGCUUUAUGACCUCACAAAUGAGGGCCUGUUUCACCCUGUUGGAGAGCAAACAUUAAGUGUAAAUAGAGUAGAUGUUAGUUUUGAAAAAUUUCCCCACGUCCUUUGUUUUCUCCAUGGAAAGUAAAUAACUGUGAUGCAACUGUAAUAUGUGAAUUGCUAAUUUUGUCUAUAAAAAAAAAAUAAAAUGAUUCAG